GUGUGCAGUAGUGGAAGCAGACAGAAAGCAUGGCGUACUCGGCGAAAAUAGGACCUUCUAUUUUGAGCAGCGAUCUGUCACAGCUCGGGAGGGAGUGUGAAAGAAUGAUGGAGUGCGGUGCAGACUAUCUGCACCUUGACGUUAUGGAUGGGCAUUUUGUUCCAAACAUCACAUUUGGACAUCCAAUGGUGGAGUGUUUACGACAUUCUAUUGGUCCUGAUCCAUUUUUUGACAUGCAUAUGAUGGUGUCAAGGCCAGAGCAGUGGGUGAAGCCUAUGGCUGCCGCAGGAGCCAGUCAGUACACGUUUCACCUGGAAGCCACCACCAACCCUGGCAACCUCAUAAAGGAAAUCCGAGAGAGUGGCAUGAAGGUCGGUCUUGCCAUCAAACCUGUGACAGCUGUUGAGGAAUUAGCACCAUGGGCUGGACAGAUCGAUAUGGCUCUUGUCAUGACAGUUGAACCUGGCUUUGGUGGUCAGAAGUUUAUGGAAGAUAUGAUGCCAAAGGUGAGCUGGCUAAGAAGUCAGUUUCCUUCUCUGGACAUUGAAGUGGAUGGAGGAGUUGGCCCAGACAGCAUCCACAGAUGUGCUGAGGCUGGAGCUAACAUGAUCGUGUCUGGCAGUGCCGUAGUGGGCAGUGAUGACCCCCGCUCCGUAAUUGCCCUCCUCAAAAACGUUGUUAUUGAGGCAAUCCAGAAACGUUCUUUGGACCGCUGAUCAUCUUGACUUUUUACCUCAGUCCAUUUUCAGUUACCACUGAAAGUUAUUGUUGCUGCAGUCUUUGAAAUGAUUCAGUUUUAAUGUAGAAAAUUGUUAUUGAAUGUUCAGUGGUGCUUGUGAAUGGACAUAACCUAGUGCUGGAUGUGCCAAGAACAGUCCCUAAAAAGACUCUUGUUUGGAUUCCACAGGAGUUUUCAGAUGCAUAUGGCCAUCAAGAACUGCAUAACUUCAGACAGAAUGUCUCUUGUCUCUCUGUCAGCAAUAUGACCAUUCCUCUCUUAAUGAUAUGUUCGGAUUUAAAAUCUGUUUCCCCAAACCAAAUUAUAGCUCAUUUAUCAUUUCUCUCAUAUUACCUGUAACAGUGUGUGUGACAGAUUAAAUGGCUACGACAUUGAUGAUAAAGCUGCUGAUUACUAUUUUGUUUCAACAGUCAUGCAUUCUCUUUUAUCAGGUUAAAAUACACAUACUGUAAUACUUAUAAUAACCUCAUUUACUGCAGAUCACAGCUGUUCAAGUGAUUUAUGACUGUUUAUUGAACAUUCUGUCAUUCUUUUUUUUUUUUUUCUAGAGGACUCUGAAAUGAUAAUUAUUAAUCAAAAGAGUUUAAAUGGUGUUAUUUGUCAUUGUUUUGACCAAGGAAUUAAUAAAUAUGAACAAGCA